AUGGCGUCGAAUAAUAAACUUCGAGUAACAGUUACUCUUCAGCCAUCAGGCAAGUCAAGUGUAAUAAUUGUUCAAACACUCGACGAUCUUCUUCGUCAAUGUUCAUCGAAAUUUCGUGUUAAAGCUCGUCGUGCUUUUUUAGCAACAACAGGCGAAGAAUUAUUAACAGAUUUAUCACGAAUUUCGAAUGAUACUAAAAUAAUUGUAACGUGUGGUGAUACAUAUACAAUGGCUAAUAGAUCGCCGACAACAACAACAAAUGAUUCAACGAUUGAUUCAUCAUCAGUUUCUAUUCAAAUUAUUGCAAACAGAACGUUAAUUGAACAAGCAGCUGUUGAUCAAUUGAAAAAUGUGGCUCGAUUAUAUGCAAAAGUGAAACAUAUUUGGGGUAUAUAUAAGAAUAACAGUUUCUCAAAGCUUGCUUUAUAUAGAAUGAGAACAUAA